AUGGCGGCUGCUAACUGCCUCUUACCUAUCAGGAAUCCUUUUGAAGAAUCACUGGAAGCAGCAAUGCUUCCUAAUGAGAGGAUAUCGCUCGACGACUGUCAUCUGCGUUACUACAGGUACGGUGAUUCCAGUGUGGCUGCACCAGCUUUUGCAUCUCCGGCAUACUUGAAAGAAUUCGCUCACAUGGCAGCCAUUGGAUGGACACAACCGAACGAUACCAUCAAUUGGCAAUGUGGAGGAUCACUAAUCUGGGAGAACUACGUGCUGACUGCGGCUCACUGUACACUCGAUAAUGGAGUACCUCCGGAUGUGGUUCGGCUCGGUGACAUUAACAUCUUUAGCGACAAGGACGAUCAAUUCGCGCAACAGCUGACGAUUGUUCAAAUAUUCAGGCAUCCCGAUUACAAGUUUUUGCUCUCCUAUAACGAUAUUGCCCUUUUAAAACUGGAGAAAAAUGUCAUACUACACGAAACAGUUACUCCGGCAUGCCUUUGGAUUGACAAAGAAAUUCGCUUUAAUGCUCUGGAAGCCACUGGCUGGGGAGACACCGGACUCGCACUAGAACGAACUCCAUCACUACUGAAAGUAACACUAAAGCCAACCACAAAUCAAAAAUGCGGUGAAUUUUACGACAUCAACAACCGCCAGCUGACGGAUGGCCUCAAGGAAACCCAACUAUGCGCAGGAGAUGAGCUCAUGGAUACCUGUCCAGGUGACUCCGGAGGUCCUCUACAGAUAAAAUUGCUUCACAAUGGCAAAUUAUCUCCGUUUCUUGUCGGUGUAACUUCAUUCGGUGCAGCUUGUGGAACGGCAACCCCUGGAGUCUACACGAAAGUUUCCGCUUACUACCAAUGGAUCCUGCAAACGAUUCAAAGCCAGGAGAACAAUGUUUUCGAUUGGAGUCUGGAACCGAUCAAUUGCGCUCUUCGGUACGUUCGUUUACGGGAGUACGAAGACGACGUAUUCGACUCGCGAUCCGAGAAUAUGUUUUACUUCGACGCCAACAAUGCACACAUGCAUUUUGCUAAGAGGGGGGACUUGCGACAUAAGGUUACUAUUGUAUGGAAGGAUGAUCGCAGAAAAAAUUGCAGUGCAACACUGAUUGACGAUGAUACUGCGCUCACUCUAGCGGAAUGUACAUCACACUAUGGUGUUACUCCUUCACAUGUGAUUGUCGACUCGAAUGGGAAAAAAAUCGAUAUCGCACAAUUAAUUGUGCACCCAGAAUACAGAGAAAAUUUUCUGUACAAUAAUAUUGCUGUACUGAAACUGAAAGAACGAGUGAAAUUUUCUGAACAAGUGACUCCGGCAUGCAUAUGGCAUUCACGGGAAAUCCCUAACUCGCAGGUGGAAGUGGCCGGUAUCGGUCGUAUCGAUAUUAACACACCGCACUUUUCCGAAAAACUUGAUAUUUUAUUCUUUCCAAUCGCAGUACCACUCUUGCCGAGAUUAACUGUAAAUAGUCCUCAAAAUUGUACGAUUCCUGAAGAAUUUCAUUCGCGCUUGACACAAGGCUUAGCAGCAGAACAUCUCUGCGUUGGUGAUCGGCUAUUUUUGGUACCCGGAUCAUGCACGCUACUGUACGGUGCUCCUACUCAACGGCAAAUCUGGAGAAAUGAUCGUUACUUCACCUAUGCGUAUGGAUUAAAUGCAUUCGGCAGAGAUUGUGGUUUCGGAGAGGCAGCCAUAGCUACUAGAUUAAUCAGCCACGUGGAUUGGCUUAAAACCGUUCUGCUUCCCAACUUUCACGAUGGACAAUCUGCGGUGCAAUUUAUUAAUUCAGAUUGGAAAGAAAACGACAGCUGUGAUUUCGGCUACAAUGACGAAAUUCCAGGAAUUUGCACCCAUUAUACAAAAUGCUCGAAAGUAUGGAAUGAUUUUAAAGCCAAUCGUCGAGUAAACUUUUGUUCUUCUGCACAAGUGAUUUGUUGUCCUCGGAGGUUUGUGGAACAUAAACUUUCGCAAGAACAAAAAGAUGAAUUAGACAAUUGUCGUACAGAUUACCAACAAUUUCACCCAGAAAAGUCAAGUUUUUAUAAUGCCAAAGGGUUUGCACAUACGAUUAAAUAUGAAAGGUUACUGCAGAAUAUAGCUGCCGUCCUUGACACCGGUCAACAGUCGCGGCUGGUGGUGCUCGAUAAUCGCUCGAUCAAAUUGAGUGAUUGA